AUGGAUGAAGACACACCCACCCUUAAGCCUAGACGGAUCGAGAAUCAGAAUGUGGUCCAUCGGCUUGAGAGGCGCAGGAUCUGUUCAGGCCGACCGGGGGCUCACUGGUACAGAGUACGCUGCUUCCACCAGAAUCUAUUUCCAAACUUUACGGUGGUCAAUGUGGAGAAGCCGCCGUGCUUUCUGAGAAAGUUCUCACCUGAUGGACGCUGCUUCAUCGCCUUCUCAUCUGACCAAACAUCUCUUGAGAUUUAUGAAUACCAAGGAUGCCAAGCUGCCCAAGACCUCCUAAGAGGCCAGGACGGUGAGACCCUUCUAACGGCCAAUGACCAGCGCUCCCUCAACAUCCGCGGCCGCCUGUUUGAACGGUUUUUCUCCCUGCUCCACGUCACUAACGUGGCAUCAAAUGGAGAACACCUUAACCGGGAGUGUAGCCUCUUCACAGACGACUGCCGCUACGUAAUUGUUGGCUCGGCCGUGUACGUCCCCGAGGACCCACAACCGUACUUUUUUGAGGUUUAUCGUAACAACGAAUCUGUGACUCCUAAUCCUCGGUCCCCUUUAGAGGACUAUUCCCUCCACAUCAUCGACCUCCAUACAGGCAGACUGUGUGAUACUAGGUCCUUUAAAUUUGACAAGAUCAUCCUUUCUCACAACCAAGGCCUCUAUCUGUACAGAAAUAUCCUGGCUGUACUGUCGGUUCAGCAGCAGACCAUACAUGUCUUUCAGGUGACUCCAGAGGGAAUGUUUCUCGAUGUCAGGACCAUAGGGCGUUUCUGUUAUGAGGAUGACCUCUUGACACUCUCGGCUGUGUACACAGAAGCUCAGGCUGAGAGCCAGCAGGGCUUCCCGCGUCUCUACACUGACAAAACUAUCAACUCCCUUAAGCACAGGCUGCUGGUCUACCUGUGGAGAAGGGCUGAACAGGAUGGCAGUGCCACUGCCAAGAGAAGAUUUUUCCAGUUUUUCGAUCAGCUGAGGAGACUAAGGAUGUGGAAGAUGCAGCUGCUGGAUGAGCAUCAUCUCUUUAUUAAAUACACGAGUGAAGACGUGGUUACACUGAGGGUCACAGACCCCUCACAGCCAUCUUUUUUCGUCGUGUACAACAUGGUGUCAACAGAGGUGCUGGCCGUCUUUGAGAACACCUCCGAUCAGCUGCUGGAGCUGUUUGAGAAUUUCUGUGACCUGUUCAGAAACGCCACGCUGCACAGUCAGGCUGUCCAGUUUCCCUGUUCUGCUUCCUCCAAUAACUACGCUCGGCAAGUCCAAAGAAGAUUCAAAGACACCAUUGUGAAUGCCAAAUAUGGUGGUCAUACAGAGGCGGUGCGCCGGCUGCUGGGUCAGCUGCCCAUUAGCGCGCAGUCAUACAGUAGCAGCCCUUACCUAGACCUGUCACUCUUCAGCUACGAUGACAAGUGGGUUUCUGUGAUGGAGAGACCUAAGACCUGUGGAGACCACCCAAUCAGGUUCUAUGCACGUGACUCUGGCUUACUGAAGUUCAAGAUCCAGGCAGGCCUUCUAGGUCGACCAGUCAACCACGCUGUGCGGCGACUUGUGGCGUUCACUUUCCAUCCUUUCGAACCCUUUGCCAUUUCUGUCCAGCGCACAAACGCAGAGUAUGUGGUCAACUUUCACAUGCGGCAUGUUUUUGCAUGA